UUGGCUCAAGCUCGAAAAGAGCACGAUUCGCUGAUGAAUAAGCUGAAACAAAUCGAGAAGAAGCUCAUUGUUGGAGGCGAAAAUAUGCUUGAAAAAGCGGAAAAGCAAGCCCGGUUGCUGGAGCAAAGUAAUGCAGAAUUAGAACGCGGACGUCUUAACGAAUCGCAACUCAGACAGGCACUUGCUGAAAAACAUCAGGAAAGGAUUGACUUGGAAGAGAAAUACAACAGCCUGGCGGAAGAAGCGCAUGGAAAGACGAAAAAGCUGAAAAAAGUUUGGAAUUUGCUGGCUGCUGCAAAAAAUGAGCUGGCCGACCUGCAAAUGGAACAUCAGCGCGAGAUGGAGGGACUUCUGGAUAGUGUACGUCAGCUGCGCAGCGAACUUCUGCUUCAGUUACUAAUUAUUGAGAAUUAUGUGCCACCAGAAUACCUGGAACUCAUCGAACGAUUCGUUUGGUGGAAUGAAGAAGUGGGUGACUGGCAGCUGAAGUGUAUCGCCUAUACGGGCAACAACAUGCGAGCACGCCAUCCACCGCCCCAACCAGUCUAUAAGGUUCAUGAACUUCUCAAAAGUGCUGCUAGCAGCAUGAUGAAUCGUUAA